AGGCAGCAGGUGGGCCCCCGACAGCCGCUGGCCCUGCGAGGGCGCCAUGGCACCCGCCGCGGGCAAGCAGCUGGAGCUCUCCGCCGCCAUCCCCUGCCUGGACUGGCAGGCUGGAGAGGCUGACGAGGGACCUGGCUUUACGCUGGACCCGAACCCAGAUCCGUCCAAGAUCGCCGAGUCAUUGACCUUCUUUCCAGGCUUCUACGGCCCGGCGGCCUGCGCCCAGAUCGAGGCCUGGAUAGAGGACACGUGCGCGAAGGGCGGCAACGGCGAGCUGGGGGGCGAGCACACGGUGGACGUGACGCCGUUCCGCUCGAAGUACUUCUUCGGCCACGGCUACACCUACGGUCGAGGCAUGCGGGGGAAGGAGGAGCUGCGCCCGCCGGGGGCCGUGGCCGACAUCCCGCAGUGGAUGUACUGGCUCCUGGUGAAGCCCCUGGAGGACGCCGGCGUCGUGCAGCCCGGCUGGGUGGACUCCGUGGUGAUGAACGACUACCGCGCCGGGAGCUCCAUCGUGGCGCACGUCGACCCGCCUCGGCUGUUCGCCCGGCCGAUAGUGACCGUGUCCUUCUUCCAGCCGGCGCGCCUCGUCUUCGGGGCGUCCUUCGACCCCCAGAGAACGACGCCGCCGGCCCACGUGCAGGAGCUGUCCCGGGGCUCCGUCCUGCUCCUGGACGGCUACGCCGCCAACUGCGUGACCCACGGCAUCCGCCCCGAGGACCUGCACGGGAACCGCCGCGUCAGCCUCAUCCUGCGCCACGUCAUCCCGGGAGCGCCGGGCUACCCCGCGCCGCAGCCCGCGCCCUUCCUGUGCGACCACCCGAUGAGGCUCAUCGGGCAGGUGCAGGGCUGCUGGCGCGACCCGCCCGGCGGCCGCCACUCCAUCGGGCGG